AUGUCUGAUCGAAAUUAUAUUCGCUGGGACGCUGACGGCGUUGAGAAAAUACCAGAAAACGAAGAGCAGGAUAUUAGGGACGUUGUUGAUAAGAUCAAUGAAACGCAGAGACGCUUCUAUAAAGAGAAUGGACAUUGUUUUGGAGGAACGCAUGCUAGGACACAGGGAAUUGCUAGAGGAAGCAUGAUUGUUUCUGAUGAUUUACCCAUGCAUCUAAAGCAGACAGAACUCUUCUCACACGCUGCCGAGUAUCCUAUCAUUUGUCGAUACAGCUCUGAGCCAAGUGAUCCAAAACUCGACGACCGCAUUCCUCAGCCUAGAGGUCUGGCCAUGAAAGUCUUCAACGUCCGAGGCGAAAUGUUCGAGCCCGGCAAAGACUUCUCUACUCAAGAUAUUGAGUUUAACAGUACUCCAGCACUUGAUCUAGCUGAUGCAAAGACUACCAAAGAGAUUCUUGAUCUUCGUCUUAACUAUGGUUACAACACGACGGAACAAGAGUCUAAAAUCGAGGAGAGAUCGGAUAAAGAACUUCAAAAAGCACGAAACCAAACUGCAUAUCGCUACGGAGAUUAUGUAGUCAAGUAUAGACUCAUCCCAAAUACCCCAGCACAGAAGAAACGAAGCGAAGAAACCGUGGAUACACAACCUGACGGCGUUCUUCACGAAUGGCUACGCGAUUUCUACAGGGAUAACGAAGCAGAGUAUCUCUUCCAAGUCCAACUCCUCGGGAAUCUAACCGAGCAACCCGUUGAAUACGCCGGCUCAGAAUGGGACUCUGAGAAAUAUCCAUUUCAGACUGUUGCAAAGGUGAUUAUUCCGAAGCAAGACAGUUGGAAUGAGGAGAGGAAUCGGUUCUGGGUUGAUCAUUUGAGAGUUGAUCCUAGGCAUGGACUUAACAAUACAGACGUUGAAGCACUCAUGGCUCAGAACGGUGAAAGCAAGGGCAAUGCCCGGAAGCGUGUUCUUGUUGUAGGUGCUGGUGCAGCUGGCAUGUCUACGGCGCAUCAUCUUUCUGAACAUCCUGAUAAAUUCGACGUUACGCUCAUUGAUGCAGUUGACUACUGCGGUGGUCAAGCAUUUUCCAUUCCCAUCGACAAAGAACGCCAUGGAGCUUCAUGGUGCAACCAAGGUGUACAGGGAGGUUCUUACAUCUUCCACCACACUGUCACCAUGUUUAAUCGCCAGGGUUAUCACGCUGAUCCUUGUGAACUUCAUGUAUCGUUCGGUAAAGACGAUACUUUCUGGAACAAUGUGUUUCCUACUGAACUUUUGGUUCGUCAUGAGAAGGAAGUUCGACGUCUUGCUACUCUUCUCAAGUUUAUGCGCUGGUUUGAAAUCUUCUUUGCUCUUCUCCCUCUUAAGCUUGUGUUUAAAAUGUUUUUCUUUUCGGAGGAAUUUACAAACACUAUCGCUCUUCCCAUGACGGCUCUGUUCCUCGGUACUGGAAAUGAGACUCCUCGAGUCCCUGCCAUCAUGUUUGAGAGGCUGUGUACUUCACCGACUUAUGGAAUGUGGUAUCCUUCUGACAAAAAUACUGUCGUGAGCAACAAACCGCCCAUGAUUGUAUUUCCCAAAUUCUCCGAGUUUUACGAGACUUGGAGAAAGGAUCUGAUCUCGAGGGGAGUCACUGUUAGACUCUCGACUGAGUUGACAGAAAUUGUUCAGCGAAACAAACACGGUGUCGUUGUCAAGCUUAAGCCCAGAACACCUGCACCAGACCAUCACAACCCCGCUGGAGGAGACCCUGAUGCCCCUCAGGGAGAAGAAAAAUACGAUGAACUUGUUCUUUGCUGUCUCGCAGACACAGCUAAGCGCGUCCUUGGAAAGACUGCCAGCUGGAAGGAGAAAAAGGUUCUCGGAUCAGCCAAGUUCAGCGAUGAUAUCACAAUCACCCACAACGACUCAGACUACAUGAAGAAACACUACGAGAAUUUCUACCGGGACGACCUCGCUGUUGCCAACGUCAACGGAACAGACCAAACGGAACGUUGCAACUUUGCAAGGACAGAGUAUCGACCUAUGUACUACAUCAAGAUGUAUCCCGAGGAUAAGUCCAAGCUGGAGAUGUGUUUCGACUGCACCAACUAUCAGAGCCAGUUUCCUGAAAAGGUUCCUUUUGAGCAGCAUAUUUUCCAGACUAUCUACCUCAACAAGGACCGCGAUAGCCAUUUGUGGAGCGACAACGAAAUCGCUGAAGAUAAAAUCAUUCGCAAAGAUUGGUGGCAUCAACUCUGCCACAGCUACACACACUACCUCUUCGUCGUCCCAUGGAUGAUGUUCCUUAACGCAAAGAAUCACACUCGCUUCGCCGCCUCCUGGACAUUGGUCAACGCCCACGAAGUAGCCGUCAUGUCCGGCAUAGCAGCCGCAGUCGAUCUCGGCGCAACAUACCCCGAAGAUCUCGAAAACGAUAAAUUCGCCUUCCUCUGUUUCAGACUUUACUACCUCCUCACUUAUGGAAAGUGGUACCGAAGACAUUAUACUUCUAAGCAGUAUGUUAAACAGCAUGGUGAGACGGAGGCUGCUAAGGAUGGCAAGAGUUGGGCUACGGGGCUUUAUGGGAGUGUUUAUAAGGGACCUGGUGUUUCGGAGGUCGAGAGGAGUGCUUGGAGGGAGGAUAUUAAGAAGGGAUAUAGUACCGGUAAUCUUUCUUAG